AGAAUGGGGUUCCUUUUUCCUCUUUUGUUUUAAUAAUGAUAAGAUGAAUGAGAAGAGUUGUUGGUCUUAUUUUCCCUGAUUACUCGGAAUUAAAUUCUUAUUAUGGUUUGUGUGAAUGUGUGAAUAGAUUUGCCAGUUUAUUUCACAAGGGGAAAUCGGGAAAUCUUGUGUUCUGGGAUAUUUCACUUUGCCAUUGAAGCAUUAAUAUGGCAAGGUAAUAAUAAUAACAACAAGAAUCGGAAUAUAUUGCUUAAUAUUUUCUUUGCAAUUUGAUGCUUUCAUUGGGUUACUCUACAAUAUUGACCAGUGUUCCACUUGCCCCUUCUUAGCAAACUUUCUUUGGGGAAAAAAGAAUGGGCAAACAUUCAAAGAUGGAAGCUGUAUGUGAGAUGCUCUUUGUUAGGGCAACUGCACAAUAAAAGAUCCCUUGAAAUGACCCUGAUUCCAAUUAGUGAUUAGAAGCCUCAGAUUCUUUGGGUGCUUUCUGAGAAACUCAACUUGCGUUUGAUCUGGUCCCCAAAUUCUGCUGAGCCAUAACAUGGCACAUUUGAUUUUAGCAAUUAAGCAAUUUAGAAAUUAAGCAAUUUAUUGAAAUGGGUUAAAAAUUCAUAGUGGCUUAUUAUAGUUCAAUGUAUGAACCUGGUCCAAAAGCCUAUAGCUUUGUCCUGUCAUUUGACAGCACCCACCUGAUCUUGGAUGGGAAACCACCAAGUAGCAAUACAGGUAGCCUUUGACUUAUGACCAAAGUAGCACCAUAAAAUUUGUUGUUAAGUGAUGCAGUCAUUAAGUGGGGAAAUCACCUGACUGUACACAAUUUUACAACUUCUUUUUUGCCAUAGUUGUUAAGCAAGACUUCACAUUACUGUGACUUGCAGCCUUCCCUGCUGGCUUUCCCAUUGACUUGGCUUGUUGGAAGCCAGCGGGUAAUUCCAUGAUCAUGGGAUAUCGCAGCCGUCAUAAAUGUGUGACAGUUGCUAAGGACCCGAAUCACAAUCAUAUGAUUGCUGGGACACUGCAACAGUUUUAAGUGUGAACACCGGUUGUAAGUCACUUUCUUCAGCACUGUUGUAACUUUGAACAGUCAUUAAAUGAAUGGUUGUGAGUUAAGGACUGCCUGUACUAAACAUCUGCUAAAAAUAAUGACUAUAUGGACAAUAUGUACAAAUGUAGUGUUUGUGGACCAACAGCCCUAUGAAAAAACUACCAAGCAGAAAACAUUACCCCAUCUACACUGACAGGACAAGCAAGUUUAUAUAAAAGAAAGUGAACCCAAUUCUGUUCCAGCACUGAAGAUGUUAUCUACUCAAGCAAUUAAACAUCUGCAUGAAAACAACUCAGCUCAGAGAGCACCAGGACUCCAAAGGACAAUUCUGAGCUGCAUAUAUUCUCUUCCUUGCCAGUUCCCCACUGACAUUGGGGUUUCCCAUAUAGGCAUCAAAUGCUUCAGAAAGCGUAAGUAAGAGAAAUUUGCAUGCAAACAAACCUCUACCCAGGAACAGCUGUUCUUUCUGCAUGAAUGCCUACAAUAGCAUGUCCACAAGUGUCAGAUACAGACUCCAGUAAAUGGCACAACUGGAUGGAAACUGGCAAAGUGGGCAAAAAAUAAUAAUUAUAAUGAUCAUGGAUGUGCAUCUUAUAUUAAAAAAUAAUACCAGCAAACCAUAGAUAACAUCAAGGAGCAACUGAUGUCCCAGAAUUAUGUCCCAGAACAUGCAAUGUUGACAAUUGCCAUCAAGACUACAUUUCUAAGGCCAGCUAGAAUGAGGAAAGCGGAGCUUCAAAGCACACUGCUCAAACUAAACCCCAGGAGGAAAGAGAUACCUGAAUCCGACUGAGUUGUCAACUUGUCCAGCUGCCCACUAUUCACGACAAAACACAACACCCUACACAAAGGCUUCAAUUAUAACAUACUGUAAAUGAUGUCAAUUAGAAUUUUUUGCAGCCUUGGGAACAGCAUUUAAAACCACAGAAGUAUCACAGAAACCCAAGAGAAUGUAAGACAGAUGAUCAUAUCAGAGACAUAAGAACACAGAACUAGAGCCAGUUCAAAGCAGAGGACAGAGCCGCUCUCAAAAACCCAAAGAAAGACCAAACCAUCAUCAUCCUCCCAGCAGACAAAGGCGGUACCAUAGUUAUCAUGGUCAGAUCACAAAUGGAACUGCAUCUCUAUAAAUACCAACCCAGUGCAGAAACUAGAUGACCUGAUCAAGAGAACCCUUAAUGAGCUAAACACAAGAAGUCCAAUCAUAAAACAACAGUGGCAGAUGAAAAACAGUGAAUCCAUCCUUCCAUAUUUCCAUGAAUACCCCAAAUACACAAGCCCAAUAUACCUCUUUUGAGGGGUCUUUUGACUGCUAGUCUAGAACUGAUGAUGUUGCCUAAUUUGGGUAAUGAAACAUCUGCAAGAAAACUACCAAGCUCAGAGAGCACCAAGCACCUCUCAUUUCAACCCUGAGCUACAAAUAUUCUCCUUUAUUGAUACUUUUUUAUCCAACUGUAUCCAACUGUAUUGUUAUACCAGGGUCACCAAAGUACAACACAGGUAAAGAAUGGCUUGAACACUUCACAGAAGGGAGUGAAUGUUCUAUCAAAUCCUCACUACAGGACCUCCAGUAAUGGAGGAAAAUGAGAUAUGGUUUCAUUCAGUAUCAUAACGCUCUUUACAUCCAUAGAUCCAGAACUAAUGAAAGAAUCUAUGGCAGCAAUACUACAUAGCACACCUAGCCUUCAACUAAGGUUGUAUUACCCACAAAAAUGGACCUUAUCAACCUCUGCCUCUCUACCUACUUUCAGUUUGAUGGGCAAAUAUGUCAACAAAUCAGAGGAACACCCAUAGGAUCACCACUCUCAGGAGUCAUAUCAGAGACUAUAAUGCAGCAUCUAGAAACUAUAGUACUCCCACACAAUCAAAAGAAUGGGACUGGAAUGUAGACGAUACCUUUAUCAUAAUAAAAAAAGAGACAAUUAGAGAAGACACAUGAAACCAUCAAUAACAUCUUCAAAGGGAUAAAAUUUACAAGGCAAGAAGACGACAACCACACGCUACAUUUUGACAUCUCAAUCAGCAAAGAGAAUGGUAGCAAAUUAGAAACACAAGCCUAUCAAACAAGUGCUCCACCAUUAAAAUAAUAACCCAGCUUUGUAAGAACAUUAUUCAGAGGACCACAAGCACACUGCAGCAAGUUGGAGGAAACAGACACCAGAAGGAGGAAGCAGACUACCUUUACAUUUUCCAACAAAAUGAAAAAGGUUGCACUAAUGCUUCAGGUUGCAUCAAUGUAAACAAUGUCCUGAAUAUACAGAUAAAAAAAUAGAUACGUUUUUCCAUAUUUAACUAUUUUAAUUAGUUAAAGUUUCUGUCAAUAUGGGAAUGGGACUGUUAGCUCCUUGCUGGAAGGACAUUGACUCUUGAUGGCUGGGGUGAUGGAAGCUGUUGUAUAGCACAUCUGGGAGCCACCAGUUUGCAAAAAACAGUUGUAGAAAUUGCUUGGAUUCAACUUCUUUAUUUAAAAAAAAAACAUAAUUUUUACAGCUGACAGUUCCAACUGCUGGGUCCUGCAUGAAUAUUGACAUACUGCAUGCAUGAAGGUGUUUUUGAAUGUAGAGCAUUUCUUUCUUUUGUUUUACAUGUUUGAAUCCAGAUUGAGAAGCGAUGUAUUUCCAGGGGGGGGAAAAACAAUUUUUAGUAAUGAUUAUUAUUUCUAGAUAAAAUUAAUUGCAUGUGGUUAUAUAGAUAUGAAUCAAAUUGAUAACAUUCUUACUGCUUUAACCUGGGUAUCUGUGGAAGAGAUUGUCUAUGGUGGAGUUAUUUCUUUGGCUCAAAAAAUUCAUCUGGAACAACUUUUAGUGCCUACCAAAUCUGGUAGAUUUCUCUUUAAUCUGCAACCAGCUGAUUCCAUGAAAGUGUAUGAUAACAGGAAUAUGGCACAUCAAGAUAAUUUCAAGAUCAAGAAGGCUGUAUCUCUGUGAUACACUCCUCUAACAAUUGUAUUUUUAACUGACAGUUUAUGGGGGCAGGAAAAUGACCCAUUUAAGAAACAAUAAGCAACACUCAAGAGGAUUAUAUAAAAAUAGGUCAAUAGAGGAAGGACCUGCAACAGAUAAUCAGGCUGCAUCUGUUUACAUCUUGUAGACUCUGCUGGCAAAGCCAUAAAAUAUCUAUGUGGCAUGAGGUUAGAUUCAAGGGAGCUUGUUGAACAAAGUGCAUGACAUAAAUUAGACUACACUGAACAAGAGCAUGCCUUCUAAUCAAUUUCUCCCAAAUUACAGAUAUUUAAUCAUAUUGGAGUUUGUAGUAUUUGGUUUUUUUGUAGCUCAGUGAAAAUAUACAAUACUAUACAGUGUUUUUACUCUGACCUUGGACAACAUAAAGUAAAAAUAUCAACAAUAUGAAAUUAACAAUUGCAAUAUGUAUUAAUAGAAUUUCUAUGGAAGGUUGUGACAGAUAUGAACAUCUGUUUAAUUUAGAUUAUUCUGUAAUCCUUGGGGAUGGUAUGUUCAAAUCACAGAACCAGUUAGUUAAAAAAAAACCUAGUAUCUUGGUUAAGAAACCAAGUCUAGUAGUAAAAAAUUGUCUGUGCUUAAGUGAACUACUUUGGCGGGGGUGGGGUGGAGUGGGAGGAGUUGUCCCUAGUUUCUCAUAGAAAACCAUCAGUUCACAGAAACCCACCAUUUGGAAAACCAAUUGAAAAUGAUUGUCUGAAUCUUUUGUUAAGAAAUAGCUCUGUUUUCGCUGGAUAGCUUAUUCGUGUGAAUUGGCUUUGGAACCAGCAAUACAAAUAUUGAUCCUGAUUAUGUGGGUUCAGCUUAUCUUGAUCUAUCUAUUGGAUUGUCACUGAAGGUUAUGUCUCCAUGUGUAUCAGUUAUAGAAAGGAGUUGGGCCGAUGAUGUUAUUAGGAUGACUUGGGAUGAUGAUAUUACUAAUUCCUUGGUACUCAAUUGCGUUGAAACUCAUUGAAUUUGAUACUCAAUGCAUUUUGACUUGAAAAUUUUGUCCCAGCACUUGUUUGUUUGGUACUCAAUGCACAAACUAGAAAUUGUCAGUGUCACCUGCCUUGUGACUCAUUACAUUAUUCCUUAUGGAAAAAAUUAGUUUGGUACUGAUCGUUUUUUAUACUUAUCAUGCCUCCCGGAACCAAUUAAUGAUGAGUACCGAGGUACCACUGUAUUACUUCCUUUACCACAGCCCACAGGGCAACCGUCUCUACGUUUUGUGAUACAGCUCUCAGAAAACCUGAGGAACAGAAUCCAUGACCAUCUGUGUGUGUGUAUCAAAAUCUGCAAGAUGACCUUUUUCUAGGACAUUAUUUAAAAUGGGGAAAAGGAAGAAAGAGCCAAAAAGAAAAUCCAUUAACCUGGGCAGUGAAGCUGAUCAGUGGAUGUCUGUUUUACCAGAAAGUCUUUGGGCUGUACCUCUCUCUAAUCUGUCAUUACCAGGUAGUCAUGAUGCAAUGACAUAUUGUCUGGAUAAGAAGUCAGAAGUCAGUGCAAAUGGAUCCAAAUUGUUGCAGAUACUGGAUAAACAUAUGCAUUGCAUAGUGCACCCUAUUAUUUUGAGAUGGUCAAUAACACAGGAUCUGACUGUGUUGGAACAAUUGGAUGCUGGAAUUAGGUAUUUUGAUUUUAGAAUAGCUCACAAACCUGAUGAUCCUUCCAUGAAAUUAUACUUUGUUCAUAUGUUAUAUACAACAGUGGAAGUAGAGGUUGUUCUGUGGGACAUUUUACGAUGGUUGAGAAACCAUCCUUGGGAGGUUGUUGUUCUAGCUUUCAGAAAUUUUGAUGGCUUGGAUGAAAAUCAUCACAAUCAUUUGGUCUCCUGCAUAAUAAAUAAGAUCUUCAGUUCCAGAUUGUGUCCUAGAAAUGUUAUCCCAACCCUACGCAAUAUGUGGUCAAAUGGCUACCAAGUUAUUGUGUCUUAUGACGAAAUAAUUCAAGUGAUACAUCAUAGUGAAUUGUGGCCUGCAAUUCCGUACUGGUGGGGAAAUAAGGAUACAGCACAAAAGCUUAUUGAGGUUUUGGAAAAAAGGAAGCAAAGUGGGCGUCCAGAUGGAUUAUUUGUCGCAGGAAUCAAUCUUACUGCAGAUUUAGGAUAUAUUUUGAAAAAUAUAAACAGCUCUGUUAAAAAAAUGACUCUGAAGGCUCUUCCAUUCCUAAAUUUGUGGGUAAAGAAACAGCAUCCUGGAUCAAAAAAGGACUGCAUUAACAUCAUUGCUGGAGACUUCAUAGAAAAAAAUAAUUUUGUGGAGAAUGUGAUAAACCUUAACAGCAAACUGAUUUUACAAUAAUUCUAUUUUGAUCAUGUUUUGAAAGGAGACGAUGGGACUAACUGCAGGGAUAAAGUAGGAUAUAAUACAGCAAAUAAUUCACCUCCCUCAUAUUUUUAACCUGCAGUUAAGUAUUUAUUUAAAAACUGUAUUUAUGCAUCACUAGAAAAUGUCAUAAGGUUUUUUUUAAAAAAAAUAUUUUAUGGAAAAAAAUGGUUUUCCUGCAAAACGUGCAGCAUCUACAGAAUUUUGAAACGUGGAGAACUUUGAUCAACUAGUUAGUACUGUAUGUUUGACUACCUCUGUGCUGUCCCGCUCACUUGCACGCACAUGUAAUGGUGCUUUAGUAGGUUUAUUAAUGUUUCCUGGCAAUUCCCUACACCAAAACCUCAGAAUGUUCCAAUUAAGUCCAGCCAAAAGCAGACUUAUUUUAGUCCACAGAGCAAUGACCAAUGAGUACACAGGGCACUUGGAAGUUUCCCAGGCAAGAUAAAUCCACCAGGUAAAAUUAAAUCCACAACACAAGAGGGUUCAUGAAGCAAGAAAAAUCCAGAGUUCACAAGGCAUGAUCCAAAGUCAAGGCAUGGUGUCAGUCCAAAGCAAGGUAGGAAUUUCAACGACCAGGAAACAUGUAGCUAAGGAAUGAACAUCAUGUCCCCACCAUUGUUUUCCUGUUGUUUGGCCUGUUGUGCCAAAGAGUGCAGCCCACCAAGAGGGAUGAGGCUACCUCCUCACUGCUGACCUUCACUGCUCUUGCCUUUUCUCUGUCCUUCUUGGAUCAGGUGCAGAAGGCAGUUCCUCAUCAUCACUAACAGGCUGCAGCUGCAUGCUUUUCCCACCUGAGGCCUCAGGGCUGCCAUGCUGCAGCUGCACUUCAGCCAAACCCUUUUCAGCCAGCUGCCUGGAGCUUGACCAACUCCCCUCCUAAUAUGGCUGGACUGGUUCAUCCUCCUCCAAACUGACAUCUGGAGAGGUAACUGGUAACACAACCAGGGGAGUCAUCAUACCAUCCAAGAUCAUGCUUGAAAAGAAGUUGUGCAUUAUAGUAAGUAAUGCUUUUCUCAUAUACACUUGUGUCAUGGCCCCAUCAGAUCCCGGUUCAGAGGAGGAAGAAGAGUUGGAACUGGGACCAUCCGACAGGGAUGGCACAUCUCCUCUCGAAUGCUUGGAGAGGCCAGGGGCUGAGAAAGCUGCUGCCCCAGAUAUCUCAGGCAUUGGAGGAGGUGGUCAACUGAGUGGGAAGCUGCCUGCCCUCACAAACAUGGGGGAGGAUUGUCUGCAGACAGGCAGUGGUGUUGAGAGGCAGUAGAUCCCCUUUGAUGAAGAACAGUUGCCUCCCCCACUCAAUCCAAGGGCAUGGAGAGUGGAGCAGAGGCAAACUCAAAGGAGGUCUGUGAGGUUGCUUGCAAGAAGUCACCCUGCCAGAACACCCGGCUUGGGUUGAAUUAAGCAGAGGCCAGGAAGAGUGCCUUUGCUAGGAACAAUUGUUUGCUUUGGCAUGCACUUCCCUGGCCUUGGAAAAAUUCUGGUUUGAUUUCUGUUUCUGCCUGUGGACUGUGACCCUUGCCUCUUAACUCUUAACCUGUGGGCUUUGACCCUUGCCUCUGGACCCUUAACCUUGUCCUGUGCACCUGGAAUCUUGUGGACCUUGUCUUGUGGAUUUGCACCUUAUUUUUGGACUUCCUCUCUGCCUUUGUGAUUCAGCUCUGGUGAUUUUUGGCUUUUAUUUGUGGGACUGUGAGUGGCUGCCUUCAGGGAAGUUUGGGGUGGAGCUUUGCUGAAUGUUGUAGGUCAAUUUUUUGUGGACUUAACAGAGCAAUAAAGGAACCCAUUGAAACCUG